UUUGACGCCGUUUUUAUCGAUCGUAUGGUGUCAUGAAAUGUAAAAAAAGUUUAUUUUAAUAAACGUUUUUAAUAUUACUGUAUGUACAAAUACCUUCACUAUACCUGUAAUUUUCUAUUUAUUUAUAAAAAAAUAAAUCGUUAUUUUUAAAUGAAACAACUGUUGCUAACUGUUAUUUCUAUGCAAUUUUUUACUGCAAUAUAAUUUGCAAUUUUUUACUGCAUUAUAAUACCUACAUACAUACUUAGAACCACACUUGUAUUAGAAUUUAAAAAAUAGAAACGGCGACAUGAAUUGCGUAAUCGAAAAAAAAACGACGUCGAAGACGGCUGGGGAAUGGCAAUCGGUGAUAAUUUUGGGGAGGUUAGUCUCUACACGUCAUUUCCUAAAAAUUUGAAGAAUUUUCCAAACGAAGAAGUGACAUUAUCUAAUACAAAUCUAAAAAGGAAGCAGAGACGAUACAGAACGACAUUUUCAAAUUAUCAACUAGAAGAACUUGAAAGAGCUUUCAGUAAAACCCACUAUCCGGACGUGUUUUUUCGCGAAGAACUGGCUUUGAGAAUAGACUUGACGGAAGCAAGAGUGCAGGUUUGGUUUCAAAAUCGCAGAGCAAAAUGGAGAAAACAGGAUAAAAAUUCUCCGAAGUAUAUGGGAAACACAUCUGCCAAUGAUUGUCCUUCCGCAAUAGAUUCGCCGCUUAACUUUGUGACGUCAGAUAAUGUCAGCAACUCAAACGUGUAUUUGGGAUUGGAGUGGCCAAAUAUGAUAUCUCCUAUUCAAUUUGCACCCUCUUCUUCGACUGAACUAUACCUCAAUCCGCAGCAGAUAAUAGAAACCUCUCAACGGCAUAUCAGCCAAGACAAUUCCUGUCACAUAAAUCUAAGUUUAGCCGAACCUACAAAUCUUAUUCAGCCAAGCCUAAUGGAACAUGCAUCUUCGCAAAAUAGCACCCUAACUAUUUCGAUGGAAAGUUUUUUAGAUAAUUCAAUAAGAAACAGUCCGGAUGAUAGAUGUGUUGGACAAGGAGUUUGUGCUCUAGAGCAAUGCCCGCUUGAAAAUGCCUGUUCCAUCGAAUGUAGCUCGAUACAGAAUUCAAUAUCGGCUUCAAGGCAUGCUUUACUUUCCGAAAUGGGCGAGGAAUGUUUGAAUUUGGGAAUUCCGGACUGCAAAGAAGACGACGACGAUAUAUCAAUCGAUUCCGAUCUGCUUACUUUAAAGCCAAAAAUUAAAUGCGUAAAUUAUCCAAAUGAUGAUCACCGGUCGUUGAAUUAGUUAUCUACUAAUAUUUCUUUUUAUAUGUCAUAAAUAUCAAGUUUAUAUGUUAAAUAAAAAUAAUAAUAAGUA